UCGAUCCUAGCCUCAAUCGAUGAAUUGGAGAAUGAGAUGGCGAAAAUUGGACACAUCAGAGAAAUUGUGAAGGCCUACCGUGGCCGAAUAGAAGGCCUCGACCAACGUCUGGAUCAGGCCGCCCGUCGCAGACGAUAAUGCGCGCCAUUGGUUCUAUCCGAUCGGCCAUACUCGCCGAACCGCACUCUCUUGGAUCAUGUCCCUGCCAUUUCCCUUCUACGUUCAUUCCGUCUCUUCUAUUCUCGUCCCACCUUGACCCGAUGUCUUUGCCCUGGAGGCACUUGCUCAAUUCCCUGACGCUCUCUAUUUCCGACUACCCACACAAUCCCUUGACGCCGACCGAUUCCCUUACGUUCCUGGAUGAUUACGACCAUGACUUCACAACACGAUACUACCAACACGACCAAGUACACCCAUUAUCAACCCCCGAAAACCGAGAGGAAACAUGCAUGAAAACAAACUGCCCUGAAAGGGCAAAAAGGAGACCCACGUGUUUAUAUACUGCCCUUGUCCUCACGGACCCUGUGUUAUUACGACUUAUGCCGCCGUUGCAAGCGUUUGAUGACUGCUUUAAUGCCCGUAUGCAGUAUGUGUGCUGCGCCGAAGGAGAUUUCUCGUUCUUUUUCUUUUCUUUGUCCGUCUAGCUUGGUGCUUUGGAGAGGAUCGUUGUCUAAAGACUGAGAUACCUGCCUCGCGGCACAUUUGGAUUUAUGUUGAAUCAAAAAAUCGACAGGAAUAAGCAUGGUGUUCUCCCCGGAGUUCCUUUUUGUUUGUCACUACCCCUUCAUUUUUCGAUUUCUUUUUUGUCCUUCUUUGGCGACUUAUUUUGUUUUACGAACUUGGAUAUGCUGCCUCUUGUAUGACGUUGCGAUUCCCCGAUCUGCAUUCCCAUCCAUGUGUUUUAUUG